AUGACCCAGUCGGUGGUGGUGCAGGUGGGACAGUGCGGGAACCAGGUGGGAUGCCGCUUCUGGGACUUGGCGCUGCGGGAACACGCCGCCGUCAACAAGAAAGGAAUGUAUGAUGAAGCCUUAAGCAGUUUCUUUAGAAACGUAGACACAAGAAGUGGUGAUAAUGGUCCUGAUAUAUACAAAGGAAAAAUCUGCACUUUAAAAGCACGAGCACUGUUGAUUGACAUGGAGGAGGGUGUGGUAAAUGAAAUUCUACAGGGACCAUUGAGGGACGUGUUUGAUAGCAAGCAGCUUAUCACAGAUGUUUCUGGUUCAGGAAACAACUGGGCUGUAGGUCAUAAGAUAUAUGGCUGUCAGUACCGGGAAAACAUAGUGGAAAAGCUGAGAAAAACUGCUGAACAUUGUGACUGUCUACAGUGUUUCUUUAUAAUUCAUUCCAUGGGAGGUGGGACAGGAUCUGGUCUUGGAACUUUUGUACUAAAUUUGCUUGAGGAGGAAUUCCCAGAAGUAUAUAGAUUUGUUACUUCAGUUUAUCCAUCUGGUGAAGAUGAUGUGAUUACUUCUCCAUAUAACAGUGUUCUGGCUAUGAAGGAACUUAAUGAACAUGCAGAUUGUGUACUACCAAUAGAGAAUGAAUCUCUAUUUCAGAUAGUUAAUAAAAUUCAUCAGAUGAUCAAUUCUGGGAAGUUAGGAUCAACUGUGAAGCAGAACAGCUUGGUAACAUCAAAUGCAGGCAGUGCAAAAACACUACAAGUGAAGCCAUUUGAUGCAAUGAAUAACAUCGUAGCCAACUUGCUGCUGAAUCUGACAAGCUCUGCUAGAUUUGAAGGUUCCCUAAACAUGGAUCUUAAUGAAAUCAGCAUGAAUUUGGUUCCGUUUCCUCGACUUCAUUAUUUGGUUUCAAGCUUGACUCCUCUGUAUACACUGGCAGAUGUUAAUGUUCCUUCUAGAAGGUUAGAUCAGAUGUUCUCAGAUGCUUUUAGCAGAGAUCAUCAACUAAUUCAAGCCGAUCCAAAGCACAGCCUCUACCUGGCCUGUGCACUUCUUGUUCGAGGAAAUGUACAGGUUUCAGACCUUCGCAGAAACAUUGAAAGGUUGAAGCCUUCUCUUCACUUUGUCUCCUGGAAUCAAGAGGGCUGGAAAACUGGUUUGUGUUCAGUACCUCCUGUGGGACAUUCCCAUUCCCUUCUGGCUUUAGCAAACAACACCUGUGUAAAACCAACUUUCAUUGAACUCAAAGACAGAUUUAUGAAGCUCUACAAGAAAAAGGCUCACCUUCACCAUUAUCUGCAAAUAGAUGGGAUGGAGCAAAGCUGUUUUUCAGAAGCUAUAUACUCUUUGUCUGACCUAAUAGAAGAGUACAAUGAACUGGAUGCUACAAAAGGUGGGCCUAGAAUAGAUCCUUCAAGGCUGAAGAUAGCUCUUUAAAGAAGGAAGAACUGAUUUUAUAAACAACAACAAAAAAGCACUUUCCCUAAGCAUCCAGCCACUUCAGUUAACCAGAAUGACUUGCAGCAUGCCUGACUAUUUUAAUCCCAAAGUGGGACCAGCACAACAGCUUCCUUACCUCAAGAGUUGUCAUUAAGUGGUGAGCCCUGCCUGUAAAAAGAUUUGAAGGCAGCUCAUUGUGGCUGGUAUCAGUAAGGACAGUAAUCCUAACUGUGGAGUAAAUUGACACACCAUAUGGUGUGAAGAAAAGGAAGAGAGUUUGUAUGUAGCAGUCAAAAAUAUAAUUAUUUUCUCAGUCUUUGAACUUACAGUAAACUAAAGGAAGGUCUUGCUUCAAAGAAGGAUCACCAUUACUAGAUUUAGUUUUUAACAAGCGACUACGAAGAGAAGAAAAGCCCAUGUAGUCUUUUCAAAGAUAAAAGCAAAUCUCUAAUGAAACUUUCUUACACUUUGCUGUAGACAUUUCAAAAUGCUCUAAGCUAUGUUCCUCAUUUUAGUAUUUCUGCUUCUAUUU